CCGACCUAUAAAUCCAUUUGAUUUUGUAUGUUUUUCGAGAUAUCCUGUAAAAUUGACCGUGUUACAUGACCAUGACUCGAACAAAAAUUGCUACGCCCCGCUGUGAAACUAUUGCCAAAUUGGUGGUCAGCAUCGGCAGUGGCGAAAGCUUUCUCACUUAUGCAGAUGCCACAACACGAUCCUUCUGCGCGAAUCCCUCGUGGCUGAACUUCCAAAAUGGGAUGAUGGACGUGGGGCCGAUAAGCAAACCCAAUCCCCAUGAUUCUCAAAAGGAGGCAGCCUCGUUUCUGGAGCGACAUUUCGGAAUCAAGCGUCUGGAUUCCAGGCCGUUGAACGAGAGUGGGGGAGCAGUGGAUUUCCAGGACAGGAAGACGAUUAUCUGGCACACUUGGCUGGUGGAGAAGGUGAGGCUUCCUCCAGCUCAGUGUGCGGUUAUCGAGGACUGGAAGGAUCCCUGCACGGAAACUCUAGGCACUUGCUCUUGUUCCUGGCACUUGCAGAACUGCAUGGCCUGGCAGCUCAUUAUCAGUAAUCGAAUGACGGAUGCCAAGUGCUUCUGUUCGCGAAUCAAGAAAACGAUGGACAUUGUCAACUGUCUCGUGGACCCGGAACUGGAACAGGACAAUUCUUUGAAGGAUUGUUCUUCUCCCUUAGCCGCGUUAACCGAGAAAGUGUUUGGUGCCACCGAUCAGCUGAAGAAACUGAAUGAUCUUCUAGAGCUCCAGGAGAAGCGCAACCGGAGAUACAAACGCCUGUAUGAAUAGGAAAACAUAGGAAAGCCAAAGACAGCGAUUGGAGUGCUGACCCCUUGAUGUCUGCAUAGAUUGUAUUGUAUUUAUUUUAUUAAAACAUUUCUGUUGUAUUUCGAUAGUAUUAGACAUAUAUCCAUUUAGAUAUUCGA